AUGCAUCUCUUCCGCCGGGGAACGUCCUCGCUCUUCAGCUCCUCGAACGUUUCCCUCGCUUCCUCGAAAACCGACACCGACACCGAUGCCGUCGGUAAUAAUGCGCUUGCUCAUGAGGGGUUCAAAUCUGUUCCAGAGAGUGAGAAGCUAUUCACAAAGCCCGAUCCGGCCGUUGACGGAGAAGAUUGUCUGCACGACUGUGCAACAUGCACCGUGAAGUACCCCGCCAAAUUCGACAUCGAUUACGAAGACGAGCUGUAUGGACAUGUGAAGGGGUGGGCGACGCACUUGGUCGUAGCGACAGGCAAGUCGGAUUGGGUGCGCGAUAUUGCAGACGAGACUGGAAGUGUCAUGGAAGCGAUUGAGAAAGGGGGAAUAGAACCGAGCAAUGGGGGACUCAAGCUGUCAGCAUCAAACAUGCCGGUUCCGGACGAGUACCACAUGCACGAGGCAGGACAACAACCCACAAACGUCCUCAUCCUGCCCAGUUUCACCGUGGUAGAAAAGGUCACGCCGCAACUGGUUCCCGAUCUCAUUGAGCACUUCGUCAACAAGUCCUUGACAACAACGACGCCGCUGGUCAGCCAGCCAGAGAUACCCUCACAAUCAAUUGAAGAGGAGCAACAGCCACCACAUCCAGCCAGCACAAGCAUCACAACGCCUCUCCGAUCACACCCAUGCCCACACGCAGCCGUCAUCCUCCUCUGCUCACAGCGCACGCGCGACGCCCGCUGCGGCCAAUCUGCGCCGCUCCUCCGCCGUGAAUUCGAGCGACACCUCCGUCCGCUGGGCCUGUACCGCGACAUGGACGAUACGCGGCCCGGCGGCGUGGGUAUCUACUUCAUCAGCCAUGUCGGCGGACACAAGUACUCGGCGAACGUGAUUGUGUACCGGCGCCGGGACUUUGAGUGGUACAAGCGCGGCGAGACGGAGAAGGAUGAUGAAGGAGCUGCGCAGGGAAUCUGGCUGGCGCGCGUACGGCCGGAGGAGUGUGAGAAUAUCAUCCGGUAUACCGUGCUGCAGGGCAAGGUGCUCAAGCCGGGGCAGCAAUUGCGGGGUGGAUUUGAUCGGGAGCGGAGGUUGACGAGUUGGUAA